GUCGUGUCCAGUAUCCCGUGUAAAGGAAAGAUCGCAUACUUUGAGGAAGGCCUCCUGACGAAAGGCACCGACCAAAUGUAUAACUCACUGCGCAUUUGCAUCGAAGAUCAUCAGAAAAUCUUACGGUUUGUCACUCAUCUGCAGAACACAAUGAGUCCCAUGGCAAUAAUCCAAUUCGGAGUCAGUGUUUUAGGCAUAUGCUUUGCAUUAUUUCAAGCAACAUAUAGCAAGGACUUCAGCUCAGCACUGAAGUGUACAUCUUUUCUUCCCAUUCCGUGUACACAAGUCUACCUCUACUGCUGGGCAGCUAACGAGGUAACUAUACAAGCGGAGGCAGUAUCACUGGCUGCCUACAGCUCCUCAUGGGUGGAGACCAGUCCCCGUUUCAAGCUCGCCUUGAGGAUUCUCGUCAGUCGUGCCCAAAAGCCGUUGAUUCUCACCGCUGGGUAUCUGUACCGCAUCGACAAAGAAGCCUUUCUUUCGCUUGUGAAUGCUUCAUAUUCUUACUAUGCUUUACUGAGCCAAACAACCAGCCGGUAAACCCAAAGCAUGCCCAGAAAUCUCGACUACAGUGUUUUUUGAUAAUGAAAUUCAG